AGGACAUCUGUAAUCCACAGAAGUGACAUAUGAAGCCCAGUUGAUUUCUUUUUUUGCCUUGUUUGUUGAUAUUUCAUCUGAAUUGCUAAUUUAUUUGGGCCAUCAACUUUGGUCCUUUGAAUAAAUGUGUGCUCUAACUGCAGGACGGAUUAAAGUUAUCCAAACCUCUCACAGUCAGUUAUGCAAACCGCAGCAGCUUAUGAAUGACUGACACAUCUUGAAAACAGCCCUGCCUGAAUUUAUUCUUAGCAAAACACAUUAGAUAGAAUAGAAUUGCACCUCUGUGUCAUCUGUCUUUCCGGUAGACAAAACUACCUACUGAAGUGCCAUGUUGCCACAAAAAUAGUCAGUUUGAGCUCUUAAAAAACAAAGUGUUUGCAAUGCAAUUAGGUAUGUAAAACUGUUGAAAUACACUCUCUCCUAAGAACUGAUGGAAAAAAGUUGAACUCAAAAUGAGUUUAGCUCCACAAAGUGCUAUUAUAUGCACGUAGCCUAAUAAUCACUUUAAAUAUAAUCACAAAUCAAACUCUACUGGAAUUACUAUAUAGGCAAAGAGUGAGGUCUAAAUGAUGUAGCUGUACAUUGCAGUGAUGAAAGAGGUGAAGGAAUGCUGAAUAUGAGCUAAGUAAGUCAUAGGCUACCCAGAUGCAGCUAACAAGAUAAAGAUAAAAUUAUCUGAAUUUAAUUGCCAAUCUAACCAAAUGAAAUUAAUAUGUAACAAUUCUCUUUCAUUUUGUUUUUAUUUUUUAUUUUUUUAAUUAUUAUUAUUAUUAUUAUUAUUUUUAUUUUUAUUUUUUUUUUUUUUUUUUUUUCACCGUAAUUCUUGUAUUCUGAAAGAAAGAAAAAAACUCUUCCAAACUCUUUGGAAGAAAAGGUUAGCAGGCAUUUAGCCUUUUUUCGUCAUCGAGAAAUGGCAAUGUGUGUUUGUUAUGUUGAAAAGUUUUUGCGGUCUUUUUGUAAAUGCAUUCCUGUUAUUUUUCCACAUCCAAUUUUUAAUUAUGGUCAUUGACAGCGACAAUCAAAUCAAGACUUUCUGCGGGCAUCUAAGGUUUGAUGUGAUAUUCGUUAUUAAAUUUGAGCGCUGCGCCUGUAAGCCUCACGAAACGCAAGCGAGUCCAAGACAUUUAAUGAUUGCGGGUGUCCAGCAGAAAGGUGAAAGAGAGAUCAGAGGUGGCGGUGUUAAUAAACAGGUUUCCUCUACACCUAAGAGGCGUUUUCCUUCUCCAAACACUAUUGCUUUAAUGUUGUAAUGUAUUUUUCCACUAAGCUCGCACUCCGAGCAUGCCUUUGGGGAAAGAUGCUGCACGUAACAAAAUAAGUUGGAACACCUGUUUUGGAAAAGCAAAUCAUGGCAGCAAAAAUCCUGCCUUCCCUAGUCAUUUAUACACCCACAAUAACAUUUGCUUGCGACAUGGAAACUAACUGAGCAACACGCCUUUCCUUUUGUCCUCGUUCAAGGAAAAGAAAAGAGCUGGUUGGCUGUGGGAGAGAAUCCUAUUCUAAACUUGAAGAAAAGUUUUUUUUUUUUUUUUUUUUUUUUUUUUCGGUAAUAAAUAAAAAACAUAAUCCACCUAAAGAUUGUGCAUGGUGUUUGAGGAAUACUGGCGUAUUACACGGAAAAAACACUCGCAAUCAGGUAACAAUCUUGAAAUACUAAUCUCGUUAAAGAUCAAAGAUUAUAUUCCAAGAUAAUAAGACUAGUGCUACUAAUAAAUAUCAUAAUAAUAAUAAUAAUAACAUAGGCUACUGUUAAUAAUAAUAAUAAUAAAUAUAAGUAUAAAUAAUCUUUGAGUCUGACAAUGUUUUAUUUUUAAAUAUAAUUGCAGAUGGUUUUUCUAGCCCAAAUUUGAUACAGAAGUGUUAUCAAUAUUGUUACAGGAAAUAAUCUCAUUAAUAGGUCAAACAGCUGCGGUGCUGUCAUUUACAGUGACAGCCCAAACGUGCUUUGGAAUGAAUGAGACCAGUGAAAUGCGCUUUGGAGGAUUCUGAAAUUGCGGGAUUGCUUUUUUUUAUUUAUUUAUUUAUUUUUUUUUUUUUGGAAUAUCACAAGAGAAAACACAUUAACUGUUUGGUUCAUUUUACAUGCAACAUAAUGGUACCAUGAUUUGUUUUGUAUCAAUAAAGGUAUUUUAAUCGCUGAAACUGUAGGGUCAUAUCACAUUUCAUACUAAUGUGCUAGAACAUCAGAGACAGUGGGAUUAAGCACAAGAAUAAAAAGAGAAAAACUUAGAAUUUAGAAGAAGAAAAAAUUUACUGCGGAAAAGAGCAAUAUGGGGUGUUUUGAAUAUGCUGUUAUGAAUUUAAACAAAGAACAGAAUUACAGAAAUAGCGACUAUACAGAAAAGUAGGUUAAGGCUUUGAGAAAUCUGCUUACAUAUCGAGGCACCUGAUAGCAUUCAACAUUUCAUUGGCUAAUGGCUCUCUACAUAAUGUGCCAAAUAUUUUUUUUCUUCUUCUUCAUUAAACGGACUUUAUUUUAGCAUAGCACAGAUUUAUGACCUGCUCAGACACUGUAUAGUGAUUACAAAUUAAUAAAUCGUUUUAUGUUCGAUUUGCACACAUUCAAAGUUUUCUGUGAAUUACAAAGUUUACCAAACCUACCGAAAUUAUUCUAUUCUGUUCUAUUCUAUUCUAUUCUGUUAUUUAAACUGAUAGAGCCUAUUAAUAGUCAAAAGCAAGGAAUGAACACUACAGGCUACAUUAGAUGUUAUUUUUCUUUUAUAAUGUGUGACUGAUUUCUCAUGUAGCCUGCAAAUAUCGGGGAUAUGUAGCCUACUAUGUUUUACAAUAAGAACCUCUUAAGCAUUUUGUGAUAAUCUGACAGUUUUGUCUCUGUGAGAACAACACAGAAGUUUUAACCUUAUUCAAAUAAACAUUUGUGAAAACAUGCCAAAGCUAAAGUAGUCUAUAUUUCUUCGUCAUCUGUUGGCUGUGUCGUCGCCUGUGAGCAGGAGGAGGGAUCUAAGUAAGAGCAAGGUCUUAAGUAGAAAGAAGCCCAUAUAGCCCAACUACAACCUUGGCAGGCGAAACUAUUUUCUUGAAGCCAGAUUUUCACAGGCACGCACGAGGUCGAGGCUGCGGUCAUUUCACGGGCCCUGCGUACCACAUUUCAUGAAUGUUGUUCCCAGGGUUCUCGAGCUGUGCCCAGCUGACAGGCUUUCAAAGAUGGCACAAUAACAGUUCCAGUGAUGCCUGACCAUGAACGCUCAGCCCUCUUAAACAGACAAACCAAGAGAAGAAGAGUUGACAUAGGAGUGAAGAGGACUGUUGGGCCAGCAUCUGUGGUUAUUACCAGAGGAAAAGCAACCUUUCUUAGUGCCAUGAAUCCCCACAGCUCUGAGCAGGAUGUUGAGUGUUCAGUGGUGCAGCACGCAGACGGUGAGAAGUCCAACGUGCUUCGCAAGCUGUUGAAGAGGGCAAACUCUUACGAAGAUGCUAUGAUGCCCUUUCCGGGGGCGACCAUCAUUUCUCAGCUUCUGAAAAACAAUUUGACCAAAAAUGGUGGCAGUGAACCUAAUUUCCAGGGGAGCGCCCUCUCAAGCACUGGUUCAGAGAUACAGCAAGAGGACGCUUGCAGCAACUCCUCACGGGGAAGCCCUCAGGGGUGCCUUUCACCAUUCAAUAGGCCCACGAUGACCCAAUUUGAAAUGGAGAGGCUAACAGAUGAGCAUCUCAGGGCCAAACGAGCCCGCGUGGAGAAUAUCAUCCGUGGGAUGAGCCAUUCUCCGAGUGUCACGCUCCGCGCAGGUGAUAACGAGCGCGAGGGGGUAGCCCAGCCCCCAAGUCCUCGUGAGAACUACCGGGAAAACAAGCGCAAGCAGAAGCUGCCACAGCAGCAGCAGCAGAGUUUCCAGCAGCUCAUCUCGGCCCGCAAAGAACAGAAACACGAGGAACGCCGGCAACUGAAACUGCAGCUUGAAGACAUGCAGAAACAACUUCGGCAACUACAAGAGAAGUUCUACCAGAUUUAUGACAGCACUGACUCUGAGAAUGACGAAGAUGGAAACAUCUCAGAAGACAGCAUGCAUUCCGAUGGAAUGGACAAUUGUGCCCACGAUUCUGUCCCAGAUCGCUCCGACAAUGAGCUGUCUGACCUGGAUCCAGGGCACUUCCUGAAUCGAGCACGCGCACUUCUUCGUGAGCAGACCAUGAUGGCAGAAAGGGACAAGCCAAAGCGCGAUGGGUCACGAGGGAAGGGACCAACAUCCAUGCAUGCAGAGGGUAAACAGUUAGCCGAGACACUAAAACAAGAGCUGAACACAGCAAUGUCACAGGUAGUUGACACAGUGGUGAAGGUCUUUGCUAAGCCUCCACGCCCAGUUCCUCAGGUUUUUCCAUCCCUGCAGAUACCCCGUGAUCGUUUUGCAGUCAACGGAGAAAACCCAAACUUCCAUACUGCCAACCAGCGCUUGCAAUGUUUUGGUGAUGUCAUCAUUCCUAAUCCCCUGGACACUUUUACUAGUAUGCAGAUGCCCAGUUCAAAUGACCAAACAGAGGCCCUGCCUUUGGUAGUGAGAAAGAGCUCCUCAGAUCAGACUGGGUCUCUGCCCACUCCUGGGGGUCACCACCAUCCCUCACUGCACCCCUCUCCCUUAUCUUCCACUAUGGGCUUUAGUCCGCCCUCCUUUCGCCAUCCUUUCCCCCUUCCUCUAAUGGGCUACCCUUUCCAGGGCCCUUUAGGUGCCCCAACAGGGCCUUACCCCGGAAAGGACAGGUCUUCUCCUGAGUCUCUGGAUCUGUCCAGAGAGACCACCAGCCUACGGACCAAGAUGUCAUCCAGCCACCUCAGCCACCAUCGUUCCAUCUCACCAACACACCCAGGGAAUGAAGGCUUGUCCUUGUCCCUCAUCAAGUCAGAGUGUGGAGACUUGCAGGACAUGUCUGACAUCUCUCCAUAUUCAGGAAGUACAAUCCAAGAGGGGCUUUCUCCAAACCAUCUGAAGAAGGCCAAGCUGAUGUUCUUUUACACCCGCUACCCCAGCUCCAACAUGCUGAAGAUGUUCUUCUCAGACGUAAAGUUCAAUCGCUGCAUCACAUCUCAGCUGAUCAAGUGGUUCAGUAACUUCCGUGAGUUCUACUACAUCCAGAUGGAAAAGUUCGCCCGACAGGCCAUCAACGAUGGUGUGGCAGGAUCAGAAGAGCUGAGCAUCAGCCGUGACUGUGAGCUUUUCCGCGCUCUCAACAUGCACUACAACAAGGCGAACGAUUUUGAGGUUCCGGAGCGAUUCCUGGAAGUGGCACAGAUCACGUUACGGGAGUUUUUCAAUGCCAUUGUGGCAGGCAAAGAUGUUGAUCCUUCCUGGAAGAAGGCCAUUUACAAGGUCAUCUGCAAGCUGGACAGUGAGGUCCCAGACAUUUUCAAAUCUCCCAAUUGUCUGCAGGAGCUUCUGCAUGAGUAGAGAUUUAAUUUGCUUACCAGUAUCAACAUCCCUUCUUUUCCUGAAUCUUUACGAAGUAAGAGGUAGCAUUCCUAUUUUUAAGUCCCAGCUACUUUUGAACGACUUAGCUGUUCAUUUUUCUGUGCUUCUUUUUGGGAAAGUCUAUAAAAUUCUUGAUUGUUUUGACUGUAUUAAAUCCCUUCCCCCAUUUUCCUGCCUUUAAAACGGGCAUUACUAUGUUUACCACAUGAUGGUUAACAAAUGGAACUGACACCCUAAAUUUCUCUCUUUUAUUGGUCAUUUUGUUGAGGGUUUUGUUUUAUCCAAGGAUGUUUGCAAUGUGUGAUGGUUUUACUAUUGCUGAAUAAGACUUGCAUUUGUAGCUUGUAUAGAUGUAAUUAUUAUUUAUGAUUAAUAUAAUUAUUACCAUUAAUGUUAUUAAUGCUUGCUGCAAAAAAAAAAAAAAAAAAAAAGGAAGAAAGGACAAUACAAAAAAUAACAUAUGGUAUUCUUGUUUCUCAUGGCAAUGCUACAUAAAAUAAUUUAUUCUUUGGACAAAAUAAUAAUAAUAAUAAUAAUAAAGAGGGAUAUAAAUUUUUUUAUGUGGGAAAUUCAUAUAUAUAUAUUAUGUUAUUCUUGAAAGGAACAGCAUUAACUGUUUUUUGGUUUAGCCGUUCUUCUAUGUUGGCAAGGGUCCAAUGUUCUUGUGUUUUGUGUCCACAUUGAUAGCACUGGCUCUAGGGAGGGAGGCCUACUCGUAGGUUUUUUUUUCCUUGACGGAGCAGCCUCUCCUGUAACUAAGCAACAUGGCCAUUUCAUAGUGGGGCAAGCCAGUUCGGCACAAAAAAGAUGGACGCCUUCCCACUGAGAAACCAUUCUUUCUCAUAAAAAGCACACUGUCACAACUGCUCAUAUAAUCACACACACACACACACACACACACACACACACACACACACACACCAAAAUACACAUCCCUCUCAUACAUACACUCUAAUUCACAAACACUCACUCAGUCAAACAUGUGCUCUAGGGCAUCAAGACAAGAGAAUUGUUGUUGUUGAUUUUGCCACCUACUUGCUGGGAACACCUCUAUAAUUGGACUGUAAAUCUGGAAUACUAUCUAAAGUUUGGUUUACACAAUAGCCAUUUUGACUGAGAACAAUUUGAGCAUUAGCGAAGAUUUUAAUAAAACAAAAUCUUUCUACUUUCUGGAUUGUUCAAAGUUUAUUUGUUAGAAAUGUACAGAUUUGCUUAAUAUUUACAAUCAUCCAAUUAAGCUGUGGCAGUAUACAGUUUAUUAGUAGAGAAAAUUUCAUGUCUUUAUUUGUUGAUUUAAAUUGUACAUGUAUAUGAAUCAUAUUUAGUUCUUUGAUUUGAAGUUGUCUCCAUAUGCUUUUGAAAAAAUUCAUUAGUAAAAGGAAUCUAAUUUUAGUAGUUAAGCCUGCUAAGGAAUCUAUGUAAUGUACCCAGUUACAUGUGCCAGAAACAAUUAGUCUACCCUAAAUAAAUAAAGAAAAAAUAACAGUUUAUGCUUAGUGUCCACAAAAAGAAAGAGGGCCUUCAGACUCUUUGUGCAUCCACCCCUAGUUCAUAAAUAAGAGACGGCAAUAGAGGGCAAGGGCUGGACAUGUGAUCUGCUCUGGAAGCCUGUGCCGUUUGCAUUGGCAAAUCCAGCUGAUGAAUUAAAACGCAGGCCGGCAAUUAUUGUCAGCACAAUGCCUUAAAAAACCUGCUGACUUCUAGAUUAAUGGGCACAAAAGAGCAUGAGGUGCUGUCAUUCUGUCGCCAGGGCUGGCAUCAUCCACAGCCCGCAGACAUCGCACAAAAUGGCACUCUAUUCACUAUGCAUUGUAAAAAGGAGGAAAAACCAAAACAAAGUUAGGAGUUAAAAAGGAAGUGUUUUGGCCCUUUUCAAUUCUCAAGUCUCUUGCAAGGCUGUGCCGUUCUCCUUUACAUAUUCAGCUGUUGCGGUGUAAAUCUCUAUACAAACAGGCAUUGCGUACUUUACACACUUAAUAAAUACGAUAAUUGCCUGUGCGUAAUGUUGUUAACACCAGCAAAAAACAUUUUUUCCAAAAGAAUUGAUAACAUAAAAUGUAAUAGAAAUAUAGUCAUUUGACUCUAGAUUCAUAUGUGUUGAAGUAAUCAUGUCGAUAGUGAAAUAUAACACAAAUUGAAAUAGCAAGAUAUAUUUUCUAGAUAUAAAAUAAAUAAAUAACCUCAGCAGUAUGUUCUUGGUAAUUAUCUAUAUACAAAGACCUUUGACAGCCCUUUUGAAAAAGCAGUGUGUUUUUAAGAAUGACAUUAAAGUUCCCUAAAAAUCCGAUGUACUUUAAACCAUUUAACGUAGCUCAGAGGCAAUAUGUCAGCAUAAGCGUGUCUGUGUGUGCUUGUGCACGUGCGUGAUCGCAGCAAGUGUGUGAAUAUACGCAUGAUAGAACUUUAGUUUUAGCUCCCCAUUUCUGAUUUUUGUUCUUUUAUCUAUUGUUUCCUUUUUAAAAGUUUAUUUUUUUAAAUGUUUUAUUUGUGUUUAUCACUGUACUGCAUCUUUGAAGGAAACCAGAGGCAGAAUACGUUCAACAUCUCAACUCUUUAUUCAUGUAAUUGCUGUUGUACUUCUAGAAGUGUUACGAUGUUUUAAGUGUUUUGAGUGGUGAAGUUUGGUUGUUAAUAUUUUUACACCCCUUCUUCUCACCACCACCACUUCAGGGUUGCCCAUCAAAGGUGUUCACGAUCAGCCUACAUUAAUUUGAGAAUAGAAAUUAGAUUAAUUUGUUUGCAUUGUUACACAGGGUCAUUUGCUGUGUUGCGUUGUUUUAGUCUAAAAUCAUAAAUGUAGAUGAUGUGUAUAUUUCGCACUCCAUUAAGGUCAAUUGUUCGGGACACUUGAGUUUCAAAAAGAAUAGCAACUCUCUGAAUAACCUUGAUUCUUGUUUGGGUAUACACACUUUCAUCUCACUUGUGCUGCACUAUUGGGCUUUUACAUUCUACAUAUUAGGAGAAUCUUUUUAGUUGUUUUCAUGAAAUUAAAAAUGUUAUGUGGUGAUCACAAAUCUGUAAAAAUCUGAAUUUAUUGCCAAACACUGUUUGGGACUGUUUUUUAUAACAAAAAAAGACAAGUUACAAAGAGAAAGAAAGACACUUUGUAUAUGAUUAUAUUUCUGGGAGGGGGACAAUUAUUUGUACUGAAUGCAAUGUGUUGUACAAGAUUCUUGACUCUUUGUAGAUUUGAUGCUAUAUUUAUGAGGUGUGUGCUCCCUGAAGGGUUUUAAACAUGACUUCACUAGACAUAUAUGUAAAUAUGAACAGAAAAUGAAAAAAAAAAAAACAAAAAAAAAACACUGCCUUUCCAUGAUUUAGCAAUAUGAUGUAAAUAGCAUUGUUAUGCUUUUUUGUAUGAGAGAAUUCUUUGAAUAUAGUAUGGUAAUUCCAGCUGAUACUGUUACAAUUUUCUUUGAUAUGUUUUGAUGGAUACUCAUGACUUAAUUGAUCUGUUCACAUACAUUGUUAACGGGAUAGCAUUGUGGAUUUUGUUGUCAAUUUGUCAUGCAGAAGUUUCAUAAUUUAUUGGUUUAAUUUAUCAUAAUUUAUUUGGUGAUUGUGUACAAUUUUGGUAUUUCUGGGGAUGUACUGUAAUACUAUUUGGCAGAACGAGACAACAUAAUGCCCUCAUAAGCUCCUGAACUCUCUAGAGACAUAAAGAGACACUUAUGUCUAGGUAGCCAUUGUAAUUUCAGAAACUGUAGUCAGAUGCUUGAUGAAAAAAAGGAAAGAAAAAAAUUGCUCAACAAAACUUUUCUUCUAUUUUGUUUGGAAGGUGAAAAAAAUUGUGUUUUAAGUUUUUGGGUUUUUUUUCUAAUCAUUUAAUCAGACUUUUACCUUUGCUUUUUACCACCUACACAAUACAGUAGUCAAAGUGCCUCGUGUGCCUUCCAUCUCCUCAGAACUGAAUGUAUGUGCAGUAUAUAUGCAAGCUUGUGCAAAAUAAAAACAUAAAGUCCUA